CGCGCGUCAAAAUGGCGGACAAAACGGCUGAGUUGAACGAUAAGACUGUAACACCAGCGAUUAAACCUCCUUAUGACAUCCCAACAUGGGCUGGAAAGCCUUCACAAGGUCUACACUUGGAUGUCAUGAAAGGCGACAAACUUAUCGAGAAACUAAUCAUUGAUGAAAAAUCCUGCUAUCUGUUUGGAAGGAAUAAAGACGUUUGUGAUUUUCAGUUGGAACAUACAUCUUGUUCGAGGGUACAUUCAGCUCUUGUAUUCCACAGAAACUUGAAGAGAUGCUUUCUGGUUGAUUUAGGAAGCACACAUGGUACAUUCAUAGGUACUGUCAGAAUUGAAAAGCAAAAACCAACGCAGGUCCAAGUCGACAGUGUAAUUAGAUUUGGUGCUUCUACCCGUACAUAUACACUACGAGAAAAACCUACAGGAUCAUCAAAAGGAGACAGAGAAAAUGGAGAAGAAAAUGAGGAAAAUUCCAAGGCUGGUCUUUUGGGUCUGCCUGAAUCUGAUACAGAAUUAGAUGAUCUAACAGAGUUUAAUACUGCACACAACAAGAGACUGGCAUCUAUAGGCUUGGAUGAGUCAGGUGGUACUUUAGGUUCUCUGUCCAAAUUAAAGCGCAAAAGAAAAUCUUCGACUGGUGUGUCUUUUAGAGACUCUGAAGAAAUUAUUAAUCCAGAGGAUGUUGAUCCCAGCAUUGGAAAGUUUAGGAAUAUGGUUCAAACAUCUGUUGUUGUACCAAACAAGAAAACUCGUGGUCCACUAUCUCCAGGCAUUAGUCUUACAGAUAACAUCACCAAACGUCUACAAAGUUUCCCCUAUUCUCAAGGUCUUUAUGCCAACCUACCUGGCACAAAUACAGAUGAACCAACCAGUCCUACUUCACCAACAGCUUCAAUGCCUAAAUUAAAUAUUACUUCAGCCCCUGAGGUUAUUUCACCUGGUGUUGAACCAAUGGAAGUCCAUCCUGAGCCACUGGUUGCUCGAGCAAAUGUAUUGAGGCCAGCUCAGCCUGUAGAAGCACCCAAAAAGAAGUAUGCCAAGGAAGCUUGGCCUGGUAAAAAGCCGACACCUUCACUAUUGAUUUAAUAGUGUUUUUAGACAAAAUUUUAUAGUAUAGUGGAGCUAAGAUUUUUGUAACUAUUGUAUAGUAACUGUUAUGGUGUCUCAAAAUGCAGAAUCGCCAAAAAAGGAGGUACAUCAAGGGCAAUAGUCCUUUCCCAAAUUGGCUUGGGUGACUUACAAAAGGAUGGUUUCAAGUCAAAGCUGGACUUGUUGAAAUACAGUUAAUGUAUAAAAGCAUCAACCACAACCUCAACUCAUCCUUCAAACUAUUGUUUUGUUGUCACUCAAACGACUUGAUAGUGUUUUUUUUAUAACUGUGUAUAUGAUGGUGUAGUGGAGCUUAGGUCAUGUCAGUGUCUACAGUAGUUUUACAUAGGAGAGAGUAGUUAUCRUAUUGGGGUUAACAAGCCAAAAAUCCAGACUUCUGAAACAAUGAUUAAGUUCAAAAGGUUGCAACCCUUUGGAGUUGAAUAUCAAAAUAGCUACCAGUUAACUGCUUGUUGUGGUUUUACAUUUUUAGUUGUCCUCAUAAUGUCAUGAAUUAGGCCUAGGGUAAACGUCGAACUUUCCAUGCACCGAACUUAAUUACAUCAAAGAAUGCCGCCUCAUUAUCACCUGAUAUCCAUUGUUGAGUUUAAUGAGUUCGGUGCAUGGAAAGUUUGACGUUUGCCCUAGGCCUUACUGGCCAUAAAAAGGCGCAAUAAACUCAUAAACUUUAUUAUUGUGGUAUAUAAGAGUAUAUCAUAUUACAGUUGACUUUAUGAAUUCCAGCAAUUGAAUCUUGUUUACAAUCAGAUUGUACACCAUUGUUAAAUAGCUACCUAAUAAAAAGUAUUGAUGAAUGA